AUGACGCAAGAGACACCAGAUACUGCUUCUACCGGACUUCCUCCAAGGUCACCCAGUCCGCACGUCGAAGCAGAGAAAGAAGACAGGUCGCCGCCCCGCAAACGCCCCAGAACACGAGCGCCUCCGCAAGCAGCAGCUUCAGCCUCAUCCACGACGACGACGACGGCGACGGCGAAACCAGAAGUAUCGCCUCCGCAGAUUGCGCCAUCAAAAUUGAGCUCAGAAGUCCACCGAUUCUCCAUACAACCUGUCAAUCGCUUCCGCGGCGCGUCAGCCACGAUAAAACGACCUCGUCAGGUCGCCCACUUUUCUUACGACGACAACCACGAAUACCGGGCAGAUGAGUCAGGAAUUAGCUACUAUGUGCCACCGCCCAUGGGCGCAGAUCUCAAGGACGGAUUUGAGACGUUCAAGCAUUACGAAGACAAGGAAGACCCACACCUGGACAGCUUGCUUCGAACCCUCAUGGAAGAGCAGGCAACCGAGUCUGAGAUCAAAGCGGAUUUUAUGACGUGGAGGGGCAUGAUGACCAAGAUCAUGACAGCCCCCUUCGAUAACUUUGCGGAAUUCAGUAUGUUCGCAACCGUCCACAAUGGCACAAUAUACAUCGAAGAAGAUUUUCCUUCGCGAGCAGCCGACCGCGCCACAGAAGCCAAUCGGCCCCCACCCCGUUACCAACAACAUCCAGACCAGCAGUCGCGCGAGAUGAUGACAUACUGGGGCUACAAGUUCGAACAGCUCGCGCUGAUACCCACACGACCGGACCGGACGUCGCCACAAGAAAUCGAAAAACACCAACGUGGCAUCGUAUCCAACGCUGCCCAACACUGCUCCAUAGUCCACACAUCCUUUGGCCCCCACAGCCUCAUCCUUGGCGGCGAAGUCGACGGCUUGCUCGCUCCCAAGCCCACCAACCCCGACGAACCUAUCCAAUGGGUAGAACUCAAAACCAGCGAAGAACUACCACCCCCAUCUCACCAACAACACCGUGACGUCCUCAAGUUCGAACGCAAGCUACUGAAGUUCUGGGCCCAGUCUUUUCUACUCGGUGUCCCCAAGAUCACAGUGGGGUUCCGCAGUAAAGCGGGCAUAUUGAGGGGCUUGCAGACUUUCAACACGCAUGAGAUUCCUGGUAUGGUGCGUCGCGGGACGAAUUGCUGGGAUGGUAAUGUUUGUAUUAACUUUGCGGCGGAGUUUUUAGGGUGGUUAAAGAGCGUGGUGGUGGAUGAGGGGGUUUGGAGCGUGGUGUUGAAGAAGAAGAGCGGGGUUGUGGAGGUGAGGAGGGUGAGGGAUGGGACGGGGGGGAUUGUUAGUGAGGAGUUUAAGUUGUGGAAAGGGAGGGGGGGGAGGAAGGGUGAGGAUCAGGAGAAGUUCAAGUAG